UCAGGGGUGGUGCAUCCGCAUUAUCUCUUUCUCUAAUCUAUUCCAUAAACACCACGACGAAACACACACACAGGUCGGUCCUUCGACGUGUCGUCAAUCUGCAGCAGUUAGUUGAUGUGCGAUUUAGGGUUCAUAAUCAUAAAUCGGACAUAAAUCAUCACAUAGAUCUGAUCUAAGAGGUGAUCAUAUCCUUGUGAAAAAGUAAAUUUGCUACCUCAUUGUACGAUCAAAAUGUCUUCCGCUCAAGAUCCAUUUUAUAUUGUGAAGGAAGAAAUUCAAGAAUCUAUCGACACGUUACAGGGUACGUUUCACCAAUGGGAACACAUCCCUGUAGCAAGCGCGGAGCAAACCCGACUUACAAAAGAACUACUUUCCAGUUGUGAGAGCAUUGAAUGGCAGGUGGAAGAACUUGAAAAGGCUAUUUCCGUAGCAUCUAGAGACCCCGCUUUAUAUGGAAUCAAUCAAGCAGAGCUUGAUAGAAGGACUAAAUGGACAAGAACUGCUCGAACUCAAGUCGGAAACGUUAAGAAAUCAGUGACCGGAAGUGGCUAUUCUACGUCGCGUGGAAUGCGUGAAGAACUAAUGAGGCUGCCAAACACACGUCACCAAGAUCAGGCUAGUCAUUAUGUUGAAGACAAUGAUGAUUUUAUUACUUCAGAAUCCGACCGUCAGAUGCUUCUCAUCAGGCAACAAGACGAAGAGUUGGAUGAGCUGAGUGCAAGUGUGGAACGUAUUGGAUCUGUCGGGCUCACGAUACACGACGAACUCCACACACAGGAGAAACUUAUAGAUGAAUUGGGCUCGGAGAUGGACAGUACAACCAACCGUCUUGAUUUUGUCCAGAAAAAGGUGGCGGUGGUUAUGAAGAAGGUUAGCGCGAAAGGCCAAAUGAUGAUGAUCUUGUUCUUGAUCGUUCUGUUUAUCAUAUUGUUUGUGUUGGUUUUCUUCACCUAGGUCUACUGAGGUUAAUAUUCGUUUGUGCAUGAGCUUUGUCAUAUGGAUUUGGGUUUUAAAAUAAACACACUGUUAUAGUACGGAGCAAAUUUUGAAACCAGGACUUAUGUAUAUUGUAUAGUAAUACUAGAUUAUAUACCCGUGAACUUCA